AAAAUCAAACAAUAAAUCCAGCACUCUCUCCGAUCACACAAAAUGGGUAUUCCUGUUAUGAAGCGCUGCUGCUGCCUUGAGCUUAAAUGGGGAGCUCUUAUUGCCGCACUUGGGGACUGGGCCUUGACAGGCGCAGUUGUUGGCAUGACCAGUUGUAAGUCCUACUUCUUAACUUACUUACUUAAGACGUGUCCUAAACCUCUUUUUACAGAUCUCCGUCUUAUUAUUUGGUAUGUCGCCAUCCUUAUUCAUGUUGCCCAUAUAGUUGGCUGCAUUUUGGUUGUAGUUAGCGUGUUUGUGCCAAAUAAGAAAUUUGUUAUGGUGUACCUAAUAACUGGCAUAUUUCGUAUACUUUUUGACAUAGCCUUCCUAAUAUAUUGCUGCGUACUGCUCUUUAAUGCCCUCGUUGUAGCCAUAAUUGUAACAAUUAUUGGCAUCCUUGUCGCGAUCUACUGCUGGUACGUCAUCUUCUCGUGGUUCAAGAAACUUGGAGGUUCUGCCCCAGGAGAUAUUUAGACUGACGCGCGC